AUGGGCAUUGCGCAAAGUGUCGAUGAUGCGUACUUCCAGCAAAAGGUGAAACUGGGGCAGGGUGGGUUCGGCACCGUCUGGCGAGCGGUUGAUAGAAAGACCGACCAGUUCGUGGCGGUGAAGCAGAUCGAUAAGCUGCAGUCAUACUGGCAGGGAGCAAAGCGUGCUGAGAUUCAACUGGAGAUUGACAUUCUCAGAGCUUGCAACCAUGAGAAUAUCACAAAGCUGUACAACUACUACGAAGAGAGCCGGACGAUUUCGAUUGUCCUGGAAUAUUGCGAUGGGGGUGAUUUGGAUGAUAAGCUGAAGGAGCAAGGUUGGCAACUGCGAGAGGCGGAUGCCAGUGCAUGGACGAGGCAGAUUUGUGCAGCGAUCGCCCAUCUGCACUCCAAAGAAAUCUGCCAUCGCGACAUCAAGCCAGGCAACUUCAUGAUCGCCUCUGGUUUAUUGAAGCUUUCUGAUUUUGGCUUCGCCACCUUCCUGGCCAAGGGCGAGAAAACCACGGAGGAUGUGGGGACACCAGCGUACAUGGCACCAGAGCAGCACCUGUUGAAGAAGGGAAGCAAAGGCUACGGACAUUCAGUGGAUGUUUGGGCUGCGGGCUGCACGCUGCAUAUGCUUGUUUCGGGAGGUCGCCACCCAUUCAUCAAGCUGAAGAACGCGAAGCAGGUUCUGGACAUGGACAAGCUGUAUGCAGGGACUUUGGACUUUGGCGCUUCGAUGUUAGGCGGACUUGUGGGUGGUGCCUUCCAGCCAGCAACGGUGGAAGCCCGAAGCCUGUGCCAGCGAAUGGUUUGUCCGGAUGCUGAGAAGCGGCUAUCGGCAGAGGAAGUGUUGAAGGACAAGUGGCUCAAUCGUGCGUCGCAGGAAGCGAACCUGAACGUCCCGAACUUGAGCGAGCAAGGCUAUGCGAACCACUUCCGAAAGCUUCAACAGCAGCUGGCCGUCGCCGAAAAGCAGCUCAAGGAUGCUGAGGAGCGGGAAUUAUCAUUGAAGAGUAGGCUGCAAAGCCAAGAUAACUCCGUCAUGGUGGUUACCAUUCCACUGACACUUCCUGAGUGCAUGAACCGGUGCUAUUCCUGCACGUCAUGUUCAAAGGCUGGUCCUGAACAUAGGAUCAAUAUAGAUCGUGUGCUGAAGUGA